GCCUGAUGAUGAUAACAAUAUUUUCUGCUUUUGUUUACGAUAGCCAAAUUUUCGUAUUUAUGACGAAUAUUAAUUUGUUCUGAAUUGGCAUCCCGUUCAGGGUGUACCCCAGGCUCGUGGGAUCGGUUCCAUUUUCCAAGAAGAUGGAUGGCUACAUAGUUCGUGCUCAUUAGUAUGGAAAGGAAUCGAUUUAACGGGGGGAUCUUCAUUCGGCACCACCCCUAAGUCACGGAGCGCAGCGCUGUGGCCGAAGAGUUAAACGCAUGACGUAAUCCCCCUACUCAGCUCGCCGCGCAGGCGCAAUGCAGCCCGUGAAACACGGGUGGCUGCUUUGAUUAGAGGAGGAAUUCUGGCAGAUGAAAACAGCUGUGUGGGAGAGACCAGCAAUGCAGUUCGCUUUCUUUUUCUUGUCGCUCUCUGAAUUGCUUUUGGGACUCGGAUCCGCACUUGUGAUGAAAGCCCGAAAUUAUUUCCCGAUCCCUUGAUAUGUACCCAUUUGAAAGGGCGAGGACAAGGGGGAGCACUGGACCACUCUCAAAAUGACCACCGGCUUCAGCUCCAGCUCUUGUAGAUUCGCAGAUUACUUCGUUAUCUGCGGGCUCGACACCGAAACUGGGCUGGAACCAGACGAACUGUCCGCUUUAUACCAGUAUUUACAGACUUCUAAAUUGAGUGAUGGGGCCACACAGUUGUCGGCGAAUGACAAGACAGGUGAGAAUUUUGAGCAGAGUCCACUACGGAGGACUUUCAAAUCCAAAGUUUUAGCACACUACCCUGAGAAUGUGGAGUGGAGCCCCUUCGACCAAGACGCCGUGGGCAUGCUCUGUAUGCCAAAAGGGCUGUCAUUCCGGACGCAGGCGGACGUCCGCGAGCCGUGUUUCCACUCCUUCAUCAUCACCCGCGAGGACGGUUCGCGCACUUACGGCUUCGCGCUCACCUUCUACGAGGAGGUGACCAGCAAGCAGAUCUGCGGCGCCAUGCAGACGCUCUACCACAUGCACAACGCCGAGCGGCACGAUGUGCCGCGCCUCCGCCGCUUCGACUCCUACGACAUCGGCCGCGACACGCUCUUCGCCUCCAAGUGCGUCUGCCUGCUGGCGCCCAUGGCCUUUCCGCAAGCGUGCUGCCAGGUGCUGCAGCAGCUCCACCAGGCCGUCACCUCCGCCCAGCCGCCGCCGCUGCCCCUGGAGAGCUACAUCUACAACGUGCUCUACGAGGUGCCCCUGCCGCCUCCCGGCCGCUCCCUUAAGUUCUCGGGCGUCUACGGGCCGGUGGUGUGUCAGCGGCCCAGCACCGUCGAGCUGCCGCUCUUCGACUUCCCCAUCGGCGAGGUCUUCGAGCUCCUGGGUGUGGAAAACGUGCUGCAGCUCUUCACCUGUGCCCUGCUGGAGUUCCAGAUCCUGCUUUACUCCCAGCACUACCAGAGGCUGAUGACGGUGGCCGAGAGCAUCACCGCCCUGAUGUUCCCCUUCCAGUGGCAGCACGUCUAUGUGCCCAUCCUGCCCGCCUCGCUGCUACACUUCCUGGAUGCGCCCGUGCCCUAUCUGAUGGGCCUGCACUCCAACGGCCAGGAUGACCGAUCCAAGCUGGAGCUUCCCCAGGAGGCCAACCUGUGCUUUGUUGACAUCGACAACCACUUCAUCGAACUGCCGGAGGAUCUGCCGCAGUUUCCUAACAAGCUGGAGUUCGUCCAGGAGAUCUGCGAGGUGCUGAUGGUGUUUGGCAUCCCCCCCGAGGGCAGCGCAUGCAGCGGCGAGGGCAUGGGGGGGCCGAGGGGCUUCCGUGGCUGCGACGUGGCCUCGGACCGCCGCAACGGCAACCUGGCCGGCUCACCUCUGGAUCUGCUGAAGGAGAACGAGACCAUCACCCGGCUGCAGGCCCUGGUCAAAAGAACCGGGGUCAGGCUGGAGAAGCUGGAUGGGAUGGAGACCUCCGGCACCAACGGCGAUCCCAGGGUGCAGUGCGGCGAGGAGGAGUUACGGACGCACCUGCUCAACAUCCGCAUGCGCGAGGUCUUCGCCAACCGCUUCACGCAAAUGUUCGCCGACUACGAGGUCUUCGUCAUCCAAUCCAGCCAGGAUAAGGAGUCCUGGUUCAGUAGCCGUGACCAGAUGCAGAACUUUGACAAGGCCUCCUUCCUGUCGGACCAGCCUGAGCCCUACCUGCCCUUCCUGUCACGCUUCCUGGAGACGCAGACGUUCGCCUCCUUCGUCGACAGCAAGAUCCUGUGCCACGACGACGAGGACAAGGAGCAUGCGCUGCGGGUGUUCGACGCCCGCGUGGAGAAGGUGCGCAUGCUCAACGUGCGGACGCCCACGCUGAGGACGUCCAUGUACCAGAAGUGCACCAAUGCUGAAGAGUCAGAGAAGGCCAUCGAGGCGAGGGUGACCAAGAUCGACCACACAGCACUUCACCCCCACCUGCUGGACAUGAAGAUUGGCCAGGGUCGCUACGAGCCCGGCUUCUUCCCCCGCCUACAGUCUGACGUGCUCUCAGCUGGACCCACCAGCAACAAGUGGUCCAAGCGCAGUGCCGCAGCUCAGUGGAGGAGGCGGGACAAGCAGAAGCAGCACGCGGAGCACCUGUACCUGGAUAACGACCAGAGAGAGAAGCACAUUCAGGAGGCCAGAAACCUGGGCACCACGAUCCGGCAGCCCAAGCUGUCCAACCUGUCGCCCUCCGUCAUUGCACAGACCAACUGGAAGUUCGUAGAAGGGUUGCUGAAGGAAUGCAGGAACAAGACCAAGCGUAUGCUGGUGGAGAAGAUGGGCAGGGAGGCGGUGGAGUUGGGCCACGGGGAGGUCAGCAUCACGGGCGUGGAGGAGAACACGCUCAUCGCCAGCCUCUGCGACCUGCUGGAGCGCAUCUGGAGCCACGGGCUGCAGGUCAAGCAGGGAAAAUCUGCUCUGUGGUCACACCUGCUGCAUUACCAGGAAAGCAAAGAGAAGAAUGAUGCCACCCCAUCGGGCCUGAACCCCCCAGGGCUUAUUCAAGACUCAGAGAGACGCAAGUCUGAUGCAGGACUCACCCUGCCCCCCCUAAAAGUUUCCCUCAUUGACGAUAUGCGACACAUCCAGAACAUCGGCGAGAUCAAGACAGACGUGGGCAAGGCGCGGGCCUGGGUUCGCCUCACCAUGGAGAAGAAGAUGCUAUCCAGGCACCUCAAGCAGCUGCUGUCUGACCAGGAGCUCACCAAGAAGCUGUACAAGCGCUACGCCUUCCUGCGCUGUGAUGAUGAGAAGGAGCAGUUCCUCUACCAUCUCCUGUCCUUCAACGCUGUCGACUACUUCUGCUUCACCAAUGUCUUCACCACUGUCUUAAUCCCAUACCACGUGGUGGUCAUCCCAAGCAAGAAGCUCGGGGGGUCCAUGUUCACGGCCAACCCCUGGGUCUGCGUUUCUGGAGAGCUGUCGGAAACAGGGGUUCUCCAGGUGCCCAAGAACUCCUUGGAGAUCACCUUUGAGUGCCAGAAUCUGGGCAAGCUCACCACAGUACAGAUGGGCCACGAUAACUCAGGAUUGUAUGCAAAGUGGCUGGUGGAGUGUGUCUUGGUGAGGAACGAGGUCACUGGGCACACGUACAAGUUUCCAUGCGGCCGCUGGUUGGGUAAGAGUGUGGAUGAUGGCAGUUUGGAACGUGUCCUGGUGGGAGAGCUGGUGACACCCAUCCCAGAGAGCGAGGAACGCCUGUGCCGCACCCCCCCCAUGCAGCAGUCCCCUGGAAUGAUACGGAGAUUCGUCAACAUCUCACCGAGCAGCAAACCAAAGUUAAACACAGGACAGAUUCAGGAAGGAGUGGGAGAGGCCAUCAAUGGGAUCGUCAAGCACUUCCACAAACCGGAGAAAGAAAGGAGCAGCCUGACCCUGCUGCUGUGUGGAGAAUAUGGGCUGGUCUGGGCGCUGGAGCAGGUCUUCCUGCAUGGUUUCAGGACCCCACGUCUCUUCAAGAACAUCUUCAUCUGGGACUUCUUAGAAAGGGCGCAGGGUCACUUUGAGAGCCCGGAGCAGAAGGACCUGGAGCUGGAUGAGAACUGGCAGAUGAGGGUCCAGGAUUUCUGCCGCUUCAUGCGGGCGAUCAACAGCACACCGAGGAACAUCGGCAAAGACGGCAAGUUCCAGAUGCUGGUGUGCCUGGGGGCCAGAGACCACCUGCUGCAUCAUUGGAUCGCUCUCCUGGCAGACUGUCCAAUCACGGCACAGAUGUAUGAGGACACUGCCAUGCUAAAGGAUCAUACUCUGGUGAACUCUCUGAUUCGAGUGCUACAAACUUUACAGGACUUCAAUAUCACCCUGGAGGCCUCACUAAUCAAGGGCAUAGGUAUUUAGCCCUGCCGCAGCUCUCUGAUAACCUGAAAAAAGCACGGACAAUUCUUUGUUCUACAGGAAGAUUGAACUUUUUUUUUUAAAAAAAAAAAAAAAGACUGAGACUUAAAGAAGCUUUAGCUUAUUUUUAAGCUACUGUUAUAAUUGCCAUAUAAUAAGUGCAAUGAGCAUUUUCAAAAGUGUCAUUAUGUUUACCCUCUAAAAUGUGCUGUUACCACGGAUACUGUUCUUCUGGUUUCCAUUGUGUCUAAACUGUAUUAAUGAAAGAUAAUAAUGUGAACUAUUGCUAUACUUAACGCAAAUUAAGUAAAUACAUGCCGUAUAUUUUCAGAGAGGAACAGUAUUAUUUUGAUAUGUCUACCAGGUUUUAACAAAUAAGCAAAUAUAGAAAAAUGCUUUAUAAGUACUAAUUUUGGGAGGAAUCCGACAUUUUGGUUUAAAGGUGGAAAUUAAGCUUUCUAAAAGUGUUAGUUUUUCAGUGACAAUGCAAACAAUUCUUUUUUUUGUAAACAUUGUGCCCUCAUGUCACUACACGAAUCAUACUACUACGGUUAAGAAGACGCCGUUUUAUUUGUGUGUUAUUAAUGUAGCUGUUGUAAUUAUAAGCCAUUUAUAAGCCAUUCACUGAUGACACUGUAAUCCUCUGCCCUGGCGAACAUGAGCUCCCUUUUGAUUUUGCUCUGUUAGUCCUGGCAGAAUUAGCACACCUGAAGAUACCUCUAAAUUGUGAGCCCUUGUGAUAAACACCAGGCACUGAUGUCUGGCUGCAUUGCCAUUCCAUCAGCAGGAUGCUGGGGGCGGGGGCGAUGUAUGGCUCAGCGGACUAGAAAGCUGCGCUAGGGACUGGAAGUUUGCUAGUUCAAAUCCCACGGACAGCAGAGUGAUUUCACCAUUGGGCCUCUGAGCAAGACCCUUAACCCCCCCGCCCCCCCCUCAAAUUGCACCAGUCCAACCCUGCUUUCUCAAUUGUAUGUGGCUCUGGACAAAAGCAUCUGCUAGGUAAAUGCUGAGUGUUCUGGAGUGGAAAGCAGUCACGAGCCCACCUGUUCAAUCAUAUGCCAUAAGUAUAGUUUAGCCGAACAUGCUACAAUCACAUCAACAGUGACAUGGCCUUAUUUAAGAUAGCAUUUUGUUGUCAAAUUAAUUCACAGGAGAUCCACCAUUUUCAGCUUAACUUAUUUUAACAUUCCCUUUUCUAUACUUAACUGCUGCUGUUAUUGCUAUGCAACUAUGAUUUUGAAGAAAAAGACAAUACUAUUUCUUUUUCCCAUUCAUAUACUGAGCAGUAUAUUAGAUUCCUGUCUACCAGAAGCACAUGUGACAUUUUCUCCACAGUAAUGCUUUGCUAUUGUGGGCACCAGUUUCUUGGGUGAGAUUUUGGGAAGGUCUGUUUUGCUAUUGAUUGAAAGAUGUGCGUUACGUGGUGUAUUAUAGAUGAAUAAUGGUGUACAGUGUAAAAAUGUAAUUAGAAAAAUACCUGGAAAUGUCUAUGUAAAAGUGUAAUAUAUAUUUUUACACCAAAACAACCUGUAAUGUAUGCUGAUUCCAGUUAACAACAUUACUUGAGAAAGUGGUUUUCUUUUUAAAUCUUCUUGAACUCUCUUCUGUAGGAAACGUGUAAAGCUGUAACUGGUAGUAAGAGGUUGAUAUUGCAUUUUAACUGUUCUUCUUAUUAAUAAACAAAAUAUUUUCUAACAAGAAA